AUGGAAGAGGCCAUCGGAUGCUCCACGACAGCCACUGCAUCGGACCCCGUAUCUGGCAGCAUCGGCUUCUGGAGGCGCUUUCCCAAGGAUGCAGCUCGCUGGCACACUUGCUGCGCCCAAGGUGCAGACGCUCCCCCAAUCCUCUCAAUUCCAAGUACCCAUAUUCCUAUAUGGAUCAGCCUGUCGGAUUUUGAUGGACCCGCGGGGCGGCGCGCGGCGCCGGGCGGCGACGGCGGCAUCGAGGUGCUCGACGUGUACCUGCUGCCCGAGCCCUUCUCCGGCCUCCUGGGCGGCGACUUCGCGCCGCUGCUGCUGCUCAGCUGCCGCGUGUGCCUSGAGGAGAAGCGCAUCCAGCCGCUGCCCUGCUGCAAGAAGGCCGUGUGCGAGGAGUGUCUGCAGCGCUACCUGAGCGCGCAGGUGCAGCUGGGACAAGCCGACAUAAAAUGCCCGAUCACGGAGUGCAGCGAACACCUGGAUGAAACGACUGUCCUCUAUAACCUGCCCCACGACGACAUCAUCAAGUAUAAAUAUUUCCUGGAACUCAGCCGCAUUGACUCCAGCACCAAGCCAUGCCCGCAGUGCAAGCACUUUACUACCUUCCGGAGGAGAGGCCACAUUCCUACCCCUGCCAAAUUGGAGAACAAAUACAAAAUCCAGUGUCCGUCUUGCCAAUUUGUCUGGUGUUUUAAGUGCCACUCUCCCUGGCAUGAAGGUGUUAACUGUAAAGAAUACAAAAAGGGAGACAAGCUCUUGCGUCACUGGGCCAACGAAAUUGAGCAUGGGCAAAGGAAUGCCCAGAAGUGUCCAAAAUGCAAGAUCCACAUCCAGAGAACGGAAGGGUGUGACCACAUGACCUGUUCCCAGUGUAACACUAAUUUCUGUUACCGCUGUGGGGAGAGAUACCGCCAGCUCCGCUUCUUCGGAGACCACACGUCCAACCUCAGUAUCUUUGGAUGCAAAUACCGCUACCUCCCCGAGAGACCCCACUUGAGGAGAUUAGUGCGAGGCUCUGUCUGUGCUGGAAAACUACUCAUUACACCCCUAAUACUGGUUCUUGGACUGGCACUGGGAGCUGUAGCUGUUGUAAUAGGUUUAUUUGUGUUUCCUAUCUAUUGCCUUUGUAAAAAGCAGAGGAAAAGGUCACGGACAGGUAUGCCCUGGUGAGGAUGGACUGAGCGGGUGC